AUGCAGGAACAGUCAAAACGUCAAAAAUUUUUGAGUAUGGUGGAGAAAAUGCAUGCGGAACCUAACGAACUAGAGGAACUUACAGAACAUGAGAAGUUUGCUUUAUUUUCUGCUAUUAAAAACGAACAAAUCAAGAGAUAUAACAAGUGGGUUGCGGAUGAAGAACAGUUUUCGAAAAACAAUGGUUUAAACAAAGAAAAUACUGAUGAUGGUAAAUCAAAUAAUAAUCAGUCCAAAAAACGUGUCAACUAUUUAUGUGGACCUGACGGUAAAUUAAUUGUUACUACUGCUUUAGCACCAGACUAUGAUCGAACAAAUCACUCCGAUGGCUACGGUUCAUCGGGGACUACAUCAAAUGAUUCAUUUAAAUCAAUUGUUCUUAUUAGAGAGUUUGAAUCACCAUCAAACUCUUCAGAACUAAAUGAUAUGGAUUCGACGAUGACCACCAAUAGCACAACAUCAACGAGAACGACAAUAACAACGACAACAUCAACAGCGAUAACAACACCAACAACAAUCAAGUCAAUUUUUACAACAAAUGUAACAUUUUCAACUACGACAUUGACUGAUACUUUAAAUAGUAGUUCUGUCGCAAAUAGUGCGACCAAUGUAUCAUAUUCAACAGAUAAUGCAAGUAUGGCAUAUAGAAAUGAUAAACAGCGUCAUGAAAAUAGUGUACGUCUAAUUCAACCAAAUUUAAUUCAAGGAUCAUUUGAUUCAUCCGUUUCAGAACAUGAUUCUACAUCAUACACUUAUGAUUCAUCAUCUUAUUCUUUUUCUUCAACUACGGCACCAACAAAUUCAUCUAUAAACACAACUAGUAAAACAAUUGAUUCUAGUAUUUCAGAUGUGUUAAGUGUUGCUAAUAAUAACUCUAAAUCUUCAUUAAAUAACAAUUGUCGAAACAGUAGUAAUAAUAGUAAUAAUAAUAAUAAUAUUAAUAAUAAUAAUAAUGAUCAUGUCUUUAUUUUAUCUCCAACACCUUUCAAUCGAAAAUUAAACUUCAAUCAACAGACGAAUAAUCAUUUUAUCCCAUCCUUAUCUAAUACUACAAACUACAAUGAUAAUACUGCAAGUUGUAAUGUUCCUACCAUGAAUGGACAUUGUAAAAAUUGUCACAAUAUCAUUGAUAAUAAUAAUAAUAUUAAUAAUAAUACUAAUAAUAAUAAUAAAAUUAAUAAUGAUCAUAACGAUAAGAAUAUUCCAAGUCAAACAAAUGGACAAUAUAUUUCUAUUAUCAAACCUUUUAUACAAGAUAAUGAAAAUAAUCAGAAUUCUUUUAAAGGAAUGAAUAAUAAUAAUAACGCUCCAUUAAUAACAAAUGAAACAGUUGCAACCAUGACAAAAAAUGCUACACAAUCAAAUCAUUUUUAUUCACCAGAAAUUGAAACUACUCUUAAUUUAUAUUCUCAUUCUAACGAUUUUUAUAAUAAUAAUAAUAAUAAUGAUAAUGCCAGAAUUGAUAUACAAAGAAAUGGUGGAGGAAAAGGAGUACAAAUGAAUAGUCAAGAGAAAAUCACGGAGUUCAAGAAUAAUAAUAUUGAUACAAAUAACCAUAGAAAUAAUUACAAACAUCAAGAAUCCGAUAACACUGACACUCUUAUUAUAUGUAUAUCCAACAAUAAUCGUAAUAAUACUUCUGUAGUUAUGACAACUACCACACCUUAUGAUAGUAAUGAUAACAACAAUAAUAAUAAUAGCUAUGUCGAUACUAGUAAUAUUAUAAUGAGAACAACUAAUCCUGAUUAUAACAGUAUCGAUGUUAGUAGUAGUAUUAACAGUAGUACUAGUAGUAUUACUAGUAAUAAUCGAAAUUAUUAUUUAGAUUUAGAUAGACAGUUAAAUAAUAAUAAACAAAUUAAUAACAGUAGUAUGAAUCUUAAGAAUUCCUAUGAUACCAAGAAUGCAUUUGAUUUCACAAUGCAUAAUCGUCCUAAUAAUAAUAUUAAUAGUUCCAUUACUAUUCUCAACGACCCUUCUAAUACAACGAACCAAGGAAGUGAUGUAUCCAUUGAUGAUGCAAUGCCAUUGUCACCAAGAACAACAGCAACCACAAACAAAACAUUGAAACGUUUUGUAUUAACCAGAAGUCCAUUAAGUAGUCCUUCAGUAACAACACCAACCAGUAUAUCACCAGCACCAAUUUAUCAAAAUCAUCAUAUAAAUGAAAGAACCCCACCUAGUUCUGCCAUAGAGAAUACAAAUUUAUCCAUAACAAAAAGCCAUUUUAAUCGAAUCAGUUUAUUAAAUAAUCCCUAUAAUUUGUCACAUCAAAAUUAUGAUCAGAUUGACCCAUCAUUUUCAUCAUCAACAUCGGAAUUAGAUAAAAUAUCUUCAUCGAUUACAUUUUCGUCAAAUCCAUCUAAUCAUACAAUGAUGACACGUUUUACAAAACAACCUGAACCACAACAAUUAAGACAAGAGAACAAACAACUAUCAUCAUUGAUAAAACAUCAACAACCACAACAAAGAAUAACACUGAAUAAUAAUAACUAUAAUAAUGAUAAUUUAUCAUCAGUACAAUCGCUUUCAAAUCAUACUGAUAAUAUUCAGAGUUCAAAUUCAACAUUUAGUAGAAUUAGUUCACCUCCAUCAGUAUUUCCACGACCUGCGUUUUGGACACCGGAUGUUAAGUUAUCACGUAAAGUUAACAAUAUAAUUCAAGAGGAUCCUAAAACUAAAGUUUACAAAUGGUUUGAAAGCUAUGAAGCUGCACGUUUACUUGUGGAUUUUGGUUUACCAAUUACUGGUUUUAGUCCAAAUUUAUCGUCAUUGACAUUUUCACGUGUACCUGAAUGGUUCCACGGAUUUCUCUCUCGUGAACAAGCUGAACGUUUGCUCACUAAAACUGAUAAAAAUGGCAGUUUCCUUCUACAUUUAAAUGAAUCAUUUUUAGGUUAUGUUAUCAGUUUGUUUACAUCAUCCUAUUGCAAUCAUUUCCUUGUAUCGGUAAUUGCAGUGAAACAAACCAAUUCUGGUUCACGUAAUACAACUAAGAGUACUUAUCAAUUGUAUGGUGUUGCAAAUCCUGAACAAUUCACCGAUUUAAGAGAUCUUGUGAAAUUUUAUUCUGUGCAUAGUUUAGGACGAAAUAAUAAUCAACAAUUAUUACUUUAUCCUGUUGGACAAGAGAAUCCAACUCUACCUGAUUAUUUAGACAUAUUUUAUUCUAGACCUGAUUCAACUUCUUAUACAAGAUUAUAAUUAUCAAAAAAAAGAAAUUUCAUAUUAAUAAAAUUAAUUGUUUAUUAUAGAGUACAAUGAUCAUGAUUAUCACUAUUCUUCUUAUUAUUAUUAUUGGCAUAAUGAAUGUAUAUUUCUGAAUUGGGUUUAUUAAACCAUUGUAAUAUUAUGUAUUAUAGUAAACUUGAUUUGUUUGUUUGUUUAUUUUAUCCCUGACGUAUUUUUUUUUCUAUUUUAUCCUACUUGAAUUGAACUUAUUCAAUUAUCUUCAUGGCAAUGAAAAGAUUUCAUUUCCCUCUUUAUUUAUUUUUAAAAAACAACAACAGCAACAACAACAACAACAACAACAACAUUUAUCUCAGAUGAAUAAUAGAUUUAUUUUCUAUUCUAUUAUAAUAAAGAAAAAGAUGAAUACUAAUACUUAUUAUGAUUGUUAGUAGUAGUACCCUUUUCUCCUAAUUUAUUUUAAAUGUUUAACAAUUUUUUGUUUGUUUCUUUCUCAUUUUGAUUUACUUUGGAAAAGAGAAUUUCUACAUGAAAAGAUUCAAAAAUUCUUUAUCAAGAAGAAAAAAAGGAGAACCUAUUCAUCAAGCUUUGUGAUUUGUACAUUUCUUUCCAUUUACUUAUAUAUAAUUCUACUUAUUUAUUCAUUAAUUGACAAACUAACAUACCUAUAAAUAUAUAUAUGGAUGAAUAUGACAAAAAUGUAUAUAUAUAUAUAUAUAUCUAUAAAUAUGUAUUUACCUAUAUCAUACUUGUGUAUAAAUGCUUUAAAUUACUCUUAUUUCUUUUUAAACUAAUUCAAAGAACAUGUUUACGUAUUUCAUGAAGGUUUAUGAAGACUACUCUUGAAGAAUGAGAUAAAUGUACUAAUGGCUAUAAUGUGAUAAUGCCUUAAAUUAUAUCAAUGAAUUAAACAAAUUCAAACUCAAUAAGAAAUAUUAGAUUCA